AGCAAACCCUGAUAACUGUGAUAUCUCUGAACACACAAACAACAAAACAAAACGCCUCAGCUGGAUAUUCAAUACACAUACAAGAUAAUUACACCAGAUAUGCUGAGCAGUGCUGGAACCAGCGGCUGCUGAGGAAAUCUCGUCUUUGAAAACAGACUCAAAAGGUUGUGACAUGUGGGUUGAUUGAUCUAUGAGGGAAUUCAGGCAAUGGCUCUGCUUGGCUUCCUGGCAGUGGCAGUGUGUGGAUCUCUGGUUGCCUGGGCAGAUCAGCUAAAGCAGGCCCGAACGCCUUUGUUACCACAUCGCCCAUUUGUGGUGGUGUGGAACGCGCCUACCGAAUCCUGCCGUCUUCGAUUCAAGGUGGAUUUGGACCUGAGCGUCUUCGACAUUGUUGCAAACCACAACGAGACCUUGAGUGGCCCCAACGUGACCAUCUUUUACCACAGUCACCUGGGAUACUAUCCUUACUACACCAGUUCUGGGAUUCCCAUCAAUGGCGGCCUUCCUCAGAACCAAAGCUUGAGCAAACACCUCAGCAAAGCUCGAGCCGACAUCGACAAGCUUAUACCCGUCAAGGACUUUCACGGGCUUGGUGUCAUUGAUUGGGAAAACUGGAGACCGCAGUGGGUUCGCAAUUGGGGUUCGAAGGACAUCUAUCGGAACAAAUCCAAGGAGCUUAUAAGGAAACUCCAUCCUGGUUGGCCACAAAGUAAGGUGGAGAAUGAAGCAAAGGAGUUCUUUGAAAGAGCCGGACAAGUAUUCAUGAACUCAACACUGGGGCUGGCUGAGAGUCGACGACCGCAUGGCCUUUGGGGGUUUUACUUGUUUCCUGACUGUUACAAUUAUGGCUACAAGCAGCAUCCCUUGCGUUACACUGGAGAGUGUCCUAAUAUAGAGCAUGUACGCAAUGAUCAUCUGAUGUGGCUGUGGAAGGAGAGUACGGCCCUCUAUCCUUCCAUCUAUCUCGACUAUGAGCUCAAGUCUUCAGCUAACACAGUCAAAUUUGUGCACUACCGUGUCAAGGAGGCCAUGAGGAUUGCCUCAAUUGCUAGGAAUGACUAUACGCUGCCUGUUUUUGUUUAUUCCAGACCCUUCUACGCAUAUACAUUUGUUGUCCUGUCAGAGAGUGACCUGGUCCACACUAUAGGAGAAAGCGCAGCACUGGGAGCCGCUGGGGUCGUCCUGUGGGGCUCAUCUGAAUAUGCAAGAUCUCAGAGAAACUGCUUGACGGUCAAGAAGUACAUUGAUGGUCCACUGGGUCACUAUGUGAUCAAUGUAACCUCAGCCGCUAAGUUGUGCAGCAAGGCCUUGUGUAAGAAGAACGGCAAAUGUGUUCGUAAGAGCCUGGACUCUGGGGCCUACCUGCACCUCAACCCUCGCUUCUUCAACAUCCGCCUCAACCACGGCAUCCGUGGACCACGCUUCCACGUCAGUGGGCACCUCAACAACCAUGAUAUUCUGGACAUGAAGCACAAGUUCACCUGUCAGUGUUACCAGGGCUGGACGGGAAUCUACUGUGAGAUGCCUCAGAUAACACAACCUGUUCCGUCCCAACCGAGAGACAGCGUCCUGGGAGAACUGCUGCUGCUCCUGUCCCUUCACUUCUCCUGUCUGUCUGUCAUCAUGUUCUUGGGUCUGUGUCUCACUAUUAAGUGUCUGAUACUAUAAAGCACAAUCUAGAUGAGAUUUUGGACUGUAUCUGUUAAAAAAAAAAUUAAGUUAGUUGUAGCUGUAUCUCAGUGACUAUACAUUUUUAUGAUUUUUCAACAAGUGUUUUUGUAUGUUGCUUUCAAAGACAAGUAGUUUAAAACUUCUAAAAUUAAAGGAUCAAUCUAACCAGACCAGACCAGUCCAAUAUAGUUCAUGAAUCAAAGACUGAUUGUGGUGUGUGAUUCAUAAAGUAAUUACUGUUUUGAUCUUGUUCCUUUCAUAGAAUCAAAAACAUGCAGUAUAGCACAACCAGUGUUCUUCAAUUCAUGAAUAAAUAACUCAAAAAUAAAUAAAAAAAUAUACAGCACAAUCAGUGUACCUGUAGUUCAAUUCAUGAAUGAUUCUUUUAAAUAUUUUGUCUUUUUAUUGAUUCAAAAGCAUACAGAACAACCAGUAUGGUGUGUGAGUUAUGACUCAAACAACAAAUGACUCUUGAACUGAACUCUUUUUUUUUUAAAAUAUAAAUCAAAAAAGCAUUACAGCACAAUCAGUGUGGCCUGAUUCAUGAACAAAUUACUCUUUUAAAUCAGUUAUUUUUAGUGAAUCAAAAACAAAAAGCACAACCAGUGGAGCUGUAGUUAUAUGAAAUAAUUACUCUUUUAAACCUUUUUUUUUUUUAGUGAAUCAAAAGCAUACACAACAUCAGUAUGGUGUGUGAUUUAUGAACUAAUGGCUGUUUCAAACUGGUUCCUUUCAUUGAAUCAAAAACAUGCAGUAUAGCACAACCAAUGCGCUUUGAUUCAAAACAAAUGACUCUUCAAACCGGUUACUUUUGGCAAAUCAAAAAUAUACAGCACAAUCAGUGUACCUGUAGUUCAAUUCAUGAAUGAUUUUUUAAAAAUCUUUUUUCUUUUUAUUGAGUUAAAAGCAUACAGAACAACAAGUAUGGUGUGAGAUUCAAGACUCAAACAACAAAUGACUCUUUU